AUGGGUGUACGACAAAUCCAACGUCUACAACGAAUGAUGGUGUGCCAUCACUCAGCUGCCUCACCGGUCGAUUACGUGGUAGUUGAUGCACCCUGCUGCGUCGAGAAGGGCGUGAAGAUCGGCGUUGAUGGAGGCUGUCCUGGCGUUGUAUGUGCAGAGCAUGAGACAAUCUCCAUGGCGAUUAGCGAGUGGUUGAUGUGUCAUUUUAAGCCCAAAUCCAUGGCGUCUUGUGCAACCUGA